AUGGUACAGUUCUAUCCGUCCGUCUCGUCCGACCACCAGGAAUGGAUGCUCAACCAGCCCGUCUUCUUCGUUGCUUCAGCUCCCAGUCGCGGCAAACACAUCAACAUCUCGCCCAAAGGCCUGCCGUCGACCUCUCUCGCCAUCCUCUCGCCCAACGAAGCGGCCUAUCUCGAUGCCACCGGCUCUGGCAACGAGACCAUCAGCCAUGUGCGUGAGAAUGGCCGAAUCACGGUCAUGUUCUGCUCCUUUGGCCCAGCGCCUCGCAUCCUCCGGCUCUUCUGCACCGGAAAGGUGGUUGAGUAUAAUGACCCUGCGUUUAGGAGCUGGCUGAACAAGAUGAACCUUGCAGAGAAUUACAUCGUCGGCGCCAGAGCCGUUAUUACGCUGGAUAUCUUCCAGGUGCAGACGUCCUGCGGCUUUGGGGUCCCUCGCCUUGCUCUCCGUACAGACGCAGAGACGGGAGCAGUGAAGCCCUAUCUCCAGGACCGUGAGACCAUCUCUGAGUGGGGCGAGAAGAAGUUGGUCAAGCAGGAGUUGUUCAAGUACCAGCAAGUGUGGAAUGCAGAGUCUCUCGACGGUCUGCCAGGCCUGCGCGCCGCCAUGCUUGCUCGCGGGAAGUCCAAGGUCGCUGUCGGCCUGUCCAUCGCCUUGUACAGAUAUCGACGGCUGGUCGAGCUGGUCGGCGCUGUGUUUGUGACGGUGCUGGCUCUCUGGUUUGCUGGGUGUUUGAAGCAGCCAGCCAUGCUCAAUAGUACGGCUUCCAUAUGA